AUGAAAGAGAGAGAAGAGAGUUUAUUGUGUUUUAUUGCUGGUUGUCAUUGUCGAUGCAGUCUGAGUGAAGAAAAAGCAGCAUCUGUUGUUCUGGAAUUUAGUUUGGAUGUUGAGGAGAUUACUACUGAGGAGAAUAAUAAUCAACAGGGUGCAUUAAGUGGAUGGAGGGUGGAGAAAGAUGAAGUUUCAGUUAAAUAUGUUACAUAUAAGCUACAGCGUAUGCAUAUCUAUGAUGAAAAAAAGAAAAGAGAAAAUGAACUUGUUUUAUACAGAGACAGGCUUUGGAGGUUACUAAUGGGGAAGGAAGGGAGUGAGGGUGGUGGUGGUGCGAAUCUAGAAAAAGAUAAAGAAAAAUGGUGGGAAAAUGAAAGAAGAAUGUUUCGUGGAUAUGCUGAUUCAUUCAUUGCGCGUAUGCAUCUUGUUCAAGGAGAUAGACGAUUUUCAAGAUGGAAAUGA